GUUAGUAAACACGGUUUGCUAUCUCGUAACCUGCAGACCUCGUUAUAUGUUGUCGAGUUGUAGAGGGGUGUAAUCAGUGACCUGUAUUUUCAGAUUGACAUUACAUUAAAAAGUGAGUUACAGCUACUGGAUGCUUUUAGUAGGAAGAUCAUCUUUCAUUGCUUAUGUCCCAAGACUAUGGGCAAAGGGCAGGAGUUUCGACCCAAGUAGUUGGCGUUCAUGGCGAUUGGUCUCGACAGGCCCUUCAUUGAGUCACAAGGCAUUGACAGACCCGGAAAAUAUUGGAGAGCGACAGCAAGGUGUGAACUUUGAUACUUUAGGGUCUUGGAACAACAGAUUAGAACUUCCAAUACUGGUUGAAGAGAGCAUCAAACGUGGAAAGCCAAUUCCACAGAUUCCGCUACACAAGGUCGGCUGUGCAAGUCUUCUGGGCCGAAGGAAGAACAAUGAAGACCGUCUUAUUAAGACUCAGCUGUCCGACAACCUACUUCUGUUUGGGGUAUUCGACGGACACUGUGGCGACUUGGCCUCAGAGUUCACCUGUGUUAGUAUCUCGGACCAUAUCAACUUCUGGCUUCAGAAAACUCAAGACCUGAAGGAGGUCCUCACCCAUUCCUUUACAGAUAUCAACAAUGCUCUCACAAGACACCUACGUUACUAUCACAUGAACGGGGACUUUUUCAAUUCUGGGACAACAGCUACGGUGUGCCUGUUGAGGGAUAGUACAGAGCUAGUGGUGGCUCAUGUUGGAGAUAGCAGGGCUGUGCUGUGCCGAGGAGGUAAGGCUAUAAGGAUGACCACUGACCAUCACCCUGAUGACAGGGAUGAAGCUAUCAGAGUGAAGGAGGCAGGGGGCACAGUGGUGGCUGACAGCCUGGGCAGGUGCUUGGUGAACGGGCGGCUUACAAUGACCAGAAGUAUUGGUGAUGUGGAGCUGAAGGCUGCUGGAGUCACAGCCAUUCCGGAGGUGACUUGCAGAGAGAUAAAGCAUGGGAAAGAUGCCUUUAUGGUGUUGAUAACUGAUGGGAUAAGUUUCGUUAUGAAUGACCAGGAGCUAGUGGACAUUGUGUCUUGCUGUGAAGUUCCUUCAGAAGCUGCUAUUCUUAUAACUGACCAGGCCCUUCAGUUUGGCUCUGAUGACAAUGCCACAGCUGUGGUAGUGCCUUUUGGGGCCUGGGGAAAGUACCAGAGGUCCACAGCUUCCAUACCCUACAGUCUAGGGCGCAACUUCUCAGGGUCCAGGUACAGGUAGAUUAUAGCUCAGUCAGUGUGAGACUGUGGACAUCUGCUUGACAGUAAUAGACUCACCUCUUGUCAAGGUCAUGCCUUGCUUAGAUGCCCAAACUUGCUGCUGGUCACUUUUAUGCUUUUAUUCGACUUACAUUUGUUUGCUUUUUAACUGUGAUGACAAUUACAACAGUUGGCGAGAUCAUCAAUAUGUGGUUUGUCAUCUAUGUAUUUCAUAUCUUAGAUAUGACAUAUCAGUAUAUUUCGUAUGACUCUGUGAGGGUCACAACGUCUGUCAUUUGUUAUGCCAUUCAGAAGGUGAAGAACUGUAAAGAUUUUAGCAUGUUGUUCUGACAGCCUUGGAUAAUGUCUUUCAAGGAAAGGAAUGGAGAAAGUUCAUAAAUGUGUGAUUAAUUUUUUGUAUUUUUAAUUUUUGUGUCCUUGGUUUUAAACUUUACAAUAAGUGAUACAUUUUACUCCAAUACUUGUUCUUUUUCCUGACUUUUCACAGAAGUAGAAGCUGAAUGUAGAAAGUAGAAUAAGUUUAUGCUACAUGCAGCAAUGAUGAAAGAGACCAAUUAGCUGUUCAUGUCCCAGCUUUACUUCUACGUUUACCACUCUAAAGCAUACACUAACCAGGAACUUGGUUAUUGGGCUGCGCGGUCCUCAAUAUGUAACAGUUGCGAGCACAAAAAGAGGCUUGCUUUAGUCCCAGAGUAAUUCUUACCUCCGAUUACCCUGUUGUUCAUGAAUAAUAGGCAAAAAAAAGUCAGAAAUACAAGUGACACAAAAGUAGUGGCCAGUGAUGUUCACCUGCUGUUGACAUGCCAGUUACAUUGCGCUAAUUAAAGUGUGAUGUUGUGGUCUUCAUUAUUCACAAAUAACUAGAUGUAGGUUAGAGGUAGUCAGAUUUGCUUUUAGAUUGUAGAAAACCUGUUUUUGUGGCGUAGAACUUUGUCAUAUUAAAUGACUUGGAGGUGGCACGACUGAGCACUAGGUUUGUGAAUGUAACAGUACAGAUUUUUAAUUCCAAGAGUUGUUCUGGGAAGCAUGAAGAAAAUCUCAAAUCAAACAGAAGCAUGUGGAAUAUGAAUGUAUGCUACAUGGGAGUUGGUCUGUUAGAUUCAAUUGUGUAUCUGCAUGCAAACCAUUACGGGUAUAUGAAAUGUAGGAACGCUUAGAAACUACACGUAUCUUUUCUUUUUUUUAGUCCCUUUUCUUUAGCAGAGGGGAUUUUUGGGUUACCCUUCAUCUGUCAGCUCGUCAUGAAAUUUUUCUGGUUUCAAAAGUGUUCCUUAUUCUGAACUGAAACUAGUACAUAUCUUCACCAAAACAAGUUCCAGAUCAAAUUUGAUUUCAGGUCUGUUUGUACUAUUUUUGACAGAAUAAUAGCAAUAGGUAACAGUAUGCAAAGGCAAUACUUCCAGAAUGCUUGUUUUGUUUUCUUUUUUAAAUUGUUGCCUUAGAUAUUCCAUAUGACUUUAUUCAAGGACUACACCUUAUAAGGAAACAAUUUAAAAGGGCGUAUACUAGAAUAAGACAUUUUUCAGAGCUAGAAAAACAGUGUUUAUAUUAAAAAUACCUGUACUUGAUUGUAAUUCAUAGUUGGAUAGCUUGAAUGGAUGAAUAGAUAAAUUUGAUGAGGUAUUGGUCGAAUGUAAAUUAUUGUCAUUUCCCAGUCUUGUCUUCUCUAUAACUGUGUAAAAUAUUAAAUUUUGUUUUCCCCCUGGGAAGAUUUUGUUGCUGUGGUAACUAGACUGAUUUGGGCAUGUAUUUUUCCAGGACUCUCUCUGAUAUAUGCAGGCAUAACAAUGGUGUACUCACUCAUCCUCACGGCCAAUUGCCUCACAUCUGCCACAAACUCGCUCUCUCUCUGUUAAAUCUGUCAUAAUACCCAGGGGAUAUUAACUGUUAUCGUGUGUGAUUUUGUUGACUGAUAUAUUUUAUUUACAAAAAUUCUUGAGAUUUGAGACUUUUAUGAAGAAAAUAAACUUGGUAAAU